AUGGCUCAACCAACAACCCUCUCAAUCCCGUCUAGCUUGUUCGAGUUCGAGCGCAAGUCGCCAGGUUUGCCCAUAUCUCCAGUCGGUACCUACCCCGAGUCACAGGGUACCGAGUCGCAGGUCGACUAUGCCGCCGGCUCUGGAGCCACCUCUCCAUGCUACGACAACGGUCACUAUCAAGACAAAUCUGAUGUAAUACCCGAAAAUCCAUUCGACAGUGAGAGCAGCAGGGUUCUAUUCGAUGCCAUUGACAAGCUUCAAUCUUGUGGAGUCAGCCAAGAGCUGGCCAUUCCUCAGCUUGUCAUUGUCGGUGGUCAAUCCACAGGGAAGUCGUCAUUACUCCAGAGCUUGACCGAUAUUCCCUUUCCAGUCGGUUCAGGCUGCUGCACUCGCUUCGCGACAAGGAUCGUGUCUCGGAGAACCGCGCCUGGAAGUCGUAGCUCCGUCAAGGUGACAAUAGUAGAGCCUGAUGUUACUGACAAAUUUGGCUAUCCACCGGAUGAUACGUACAAAGAAUUUCCGCCUUAUGUAACUGAUCAUCUGGGCGUCGAAGAGUUUACGCAGCUGAUGGAAAGUGUAAGCCCUGUCCAACCCUUCAUGUUCCUUACACAGCGCCAUCUCUUACAGACACUGCAGAUCACCACCAAUUACAUGGGAAUCAAGAGAGGCAAAGGACAUUCGACGAAAAACUUUGCCUCUCAAGUACUUCGGAUAGAACUGUCAGGUCCUUCCCGAUCACAUUUCAGCAUUCUUGACGUACCUGGCAUCUUCUCUUACGCUCAUGAUGUCAACGAGGCCGAAGAGCAUGGUGUGAGACAGAUGGUCGAGGAGUACAUGAGACAAACAGCGAACAUUGUCAUUUGCGUGGCCGCCGCUACGGCUGAUUUGUCUACGCAAGAGAUCUUCAAGAUGGCCGCCAAUUUUGUCGACAAAAGUCGUCUUGUUGGAGUCUUCACUAAGUGUGACAGGUUGGAGAAUCCAAACGAGGUCAUUGACAUCGCAAGUGGAUAUGGCAAAGACUCUACAAGAUCUAUCAAGGAUGGCUGGUUUGUAGUGAGAAAUCGAUCCGAUGCCGACGAUGAAGAGUUUGACUUCAAAGAAGCUGAACGCAAACUCUUCAGUCGCUCGCCUUGGGACAGGAUCCCGGAGAAUCGACGAGGCUCCGUACAGCUUCAGAAAUAUCUCGGCAAUCUUCUCUGCGCUCAAAUUCGAGGAAACUUUCCCGCGAUUCAAGAGUCAGUCCGGAAGUUGCUCUCAGACGCCAAGGACAGCAGGAAGAGCCUCGGAGAGCCUCGCCCAAACCAUAGUCUCCGCCAGCGAUAUAUCAGGGAUGUGGUCGAGAAGUACCACACAGUGGCGACAAAGGCUCUCAAGAGCCCCGGAUCGUUGGCCAAGGACAGUCUACGGUCUCAGUCCCAUCGCGGCGCGUCGUUCGUAGAUGAAAUCCGGGAGCAGCUUCACAUCUGGCAGACAACAGAACUCCCCGGGAUGGUGAACACAGAGGUCAUUCAGAUUCUCUACAAAACGCAGUCAGAGCAGUGGCAACGGAUUGCUGAACAGCACAUUGAGAACAUUGCGGACGAUGUAGAAAGGGCUUCUAAUUCGAUUCUCGAGGAUGUCUGUUCGCCUGACAAUUGUUCAAAAAUUCUGUGCGAGGAGCUAGCUCGAGCCCUCACCCACUUUCAGCAUGAAGCCAAGCAGAAAGCUUUACGAGAGCUCAAAGAGCACUGCCGGCGCGAGAGAGAAACUCACCUCCAGACGACAGACGCAAGGUUUCACGAAAGGCUGCAGGCUCUGCGGACUGUUCGACUUCUCGAAGCGAUUGGCAACAGCUUUUCUUCGUUCAAAGGUCUGGACCUGAGCAGCUCCAAGGUUCUCUUUCACCAGUUACAUCACUCAAUCGAGGGCAACAUGGUUAACGAUGUGCAUGACGUUGUUAAAGUUUACUACGAACUUUCUCUCGAGGCCUUCAUCAGAUACGUCACCAACGAUAUUGUCGAAGAUUUCGUAUCUUUCUCCAAGGGGCCCCUUUUGGGAUUGUCCACGGACUGGGUCUUCACGUUGACUGAUGAAGAAGUUCACAGGCUCGCUCGCGAGGAUGACGAGACAAUGGAGAGACGUUCGCACUAUGACGGAGUCAUUGAGAAGCUGCAAACUGCGCAUGAAAUAGCCGAGAAGGCUAGAAUUCAGACGCGGAAUCUUGGGGACAUGUGA